UAUACGUUAUUUUGCAUUGUCCAAGUUCUUAUUUCCAACAGAAGGAGAGAAGUGGGUAAUGGCUGGUCUUCGUGAUGCCUGGAGGCGGCACAAGAGAAAUAUUAAGAAGAAACAUUUCAAUAAGAAUGCUACUGUUGAAGAUCUGCUACAAAAUCGUCCGAAUGAGAUACCAGAAGUUCAAUUCUGCCAAUUGCUUGAGUACUGGAAAGAUUGAGAUGUCCAAGCCAUAUGCCAGUUAAAUUCUGAAAACAGAAAUAAACAAAAGUGGAGGCAUCGAAUGGGACCUAUUAAUUUUGCAAGAAUACGCGUAGCAUUGCACGCAAGCAAAGAGAACAAUGAGGAACUAUCAAAGUCUGAAAUGUUUACGGCAACUCGUACAAAGAAAGGAAAAGAAGUUCAAACAGAUACUCUAGUUGCAAUAUCUGAACUUCAGAAUCGUCAAAGUUCUGGAGAAACAGCAGAUGAUGCAUUUAGGGUUGUGUUUGGGAAGGAGCAGCCUGGUCGGGUUAGAUGCGAUGGUAGAUUGGUGACGACAAACUCUCUGAAAAGAGAUGAAGAAAUCAACAAGCUUAAACAAAAGCAUGCCAAUGAAAUGACUUCUCUGAAGAAAGAAAUGAAGGAAAUGAUGAGAGAAGAAAUGCGACAUUUUUUAAGUCAAUUGGUGCAAAACAAUCCUGAAUUAGAUGUUCUGAUAUACAAGUGUGUGCUGGAUCUAAUCUUCUUUCACCUGUUGAUGCAAGUAGUGCACGCGCUAUGAAAGGCCAAAAUCUAUCCCAUUCUUCUGGCUCAACUUAUGCUCCGAGUCUUGAAAAGGACUCUCCCAAAAAACUACUUCAUCCUAAGUUACAAAACCAUGCUUUUCUAAACUAUUUACAUUUGAGCGUUCUAUUGUGUGAUAAUAGGAGUUAUCAAUGAAUGGAAGGAAAAUAAGUUGAUUUUGUCAUAUUAACUAUAUUUUCAUGUUAUGUUUAAGAGGUUACAUGGGAUGU